AUGUCCUCAACAAACCUCCCCAGUAUUGCGAAUGGUUCCCAAGCUGCCUUACCCUCGCGAUCAGAGCUGGCCUCUACUCCUGAACUAGAUGUCAAGAAGCUACAGUCGCUACCUUCCGAAAAGCAAGACAUUUACCUUCUACAAUUCGUUUCGACUCUUACGAAACAUGUCGAAAGUCUCGAACCUGACGACUGUACGGCGCAGCAACUUUAUCUCAAAAAGGAGCUAUUUCAGAUUCUCAAUCUUGCUGCCCCUCCCCCGACGAGGGUGAUUCGCAACAAUCUCGGGCGAUGUUUUGCACAUAUACUUGGAAAGGGCGACAGGAAACUCUUGUUUGAAACGAUUAAUGAUUUGGUUGGGAUUAUAAGCAGUGGAAAGGCAAAAGCUGAAGGGGAUCUGAGGCUAAAACAUGCGGCUGUCUACUGUUUAGGAGAUGUCUUUGCCGCGGCAGGGGACAGCGCGAUUGGACUACACCCUUUGGCAUGUUCGGCGCUUUUGAAGUUGCUCAAGUAUGCGCAGAACAAUGCUGGUUUGCGAGCGGCCAUAUUUAAGGCAUGGGGGAAAAUCGCCAGAAUGAUAGAGGGAAGCAUGGACGAAGCCAUGGCAAGAGAUGCGUGGAAGCAGGCAAGGGCAUAUUCCUCCGGCGACAAAUCAGCACUCGUACAGAUUGCCGCUUGCCAUUGUCUUAAAAUGCUAUCGACACAUACUCCAUAUUUUGAUAACAGCAGCGACUUCGAAAACCUCAAGGCGGCUGUUUUUAAGGCCAUAGACUCGCCUAUUCCAUCUGUACGGCAAGGCGCUGGCGAUUGUUUAGCUGAAAGUAUGGUCAAAAACUAUUCAGAGACCCCUUUCUUGGAAAAUGACCUUCCAAAAAUCAAAAAGAUCAAGAGAACCAACACGAAGCGCCAACCCACCAUGAUUGGAGCCGAUGAUGAGGAGAUUCAAAGGCCCGAGAGUCCUGGCCCGAAGAAAAGUCAGGUCAUUGUUUUCACACUGGUGGAUAUGCUGCGCCAGCUUUCCAAUUUUUACACCAAAUUCUCGACUAGCAGUAGAGCGAGAGCAGGUAUUGCUGUGUGCUACACCAGGAUCGUGAAAAGCCUGAGUGAAAGGACGGUGGAAUCCUCCUAUAUGAAAAUUGUGGAUCAUCUCACAAUUGACGUUUUGAGUCACGCAAAUAUUACAAAUAAUAGAUACCGACUACUGACGACUCGAAGAUUUGUUCAAAUCAUAUUGGAAGACGUCAUUGGAGCAAAAAUUCUCGGAGAGGCUGGUCAAAUCGAUGCUGCCAAAGCGCUCAUAAACGAUAUUCUAAAGAAUUAUCCUCAGGUCAUCAAGGAGCGUCCAGAACCAUCGAAACAUGCAUUAAUUGCAGUUCUAAGCGCUUUGGCAUCACUCGUAAAAACGCUUGGGUCCGCUUCAAAUGCUUUCGCAGAGUCCUGUCGAGAUGGCUUGCUACAAGUUCUUCAGCAUCCAAGUUAUACCGUCCAAAUUUUUGUAUCGCACUGCUUGCGGACAUUCGCUCUGGCAUGUCCUCAGCAGUUGUUACCUUGUUUAACAAUCUGUAUGAAUAGUGUUAGCAGGGAGCUGACAUUACUCAGUACGGGGCGAAACUCACCUCGCAGAUGCAUUGGUUACGCGAAUGGCCUUGCGGCAAUGAUUAGCACGGCUCCAUUGCAACCUUUGUACGGUUCCGUUGAUGUCAAUAGUCGUGUUUUGUCACUUGCUACAGGCCUACUGAAAUCUAGCAGUAAGUCUGAACUUCGGAUAUCCAGCACACAGAUACAAGUGGCUUGGAUUUUAAUAGGUGGUCUCAUGUCGUUGGGCCCCAACUUUGUCAAAAUACAUCUCUCCCAACUGCUGCUCCUGUGGAAAAAUGCCCUGCCGAGACCAUUAGCGAAGGACAACACCUCACAACGAAGUUAUCUCGAGUCAUCCUUUUUGACACAUGUCAGAGAGUGCGCUCUUGGUUCUAUAUUGGCUUUCUUGCAGUUCAACAGUCGGCUAUUAACCGUUGAUGUAUCCAAGCGCAUUGCUGCAAUGCUUCAAAACACAAGCGCAUUUCUUAAAACUAUGCCCAAAAAGAAGACAACCGAAGAUAUAACUCAACGACUGACGCCUUCGCUGCAGCUGCAGGACUUGGAUCUGAUGGUCCAGCGGAGGGUGCUACAGUGUUAUACAAAAUUAGUCAAUCUCAGUCCUGCUGGUGGCAGCGAGGCUUUGAUCCAAUCAAAUUUGCUAACGCUUGCUGUUUCUUUCUUUGCUGACCCAGAGAACUACACUCCCAGUACACUGAGUUCCUCCAUCGCAAACUCCGCCAAUACAUUUGACACCAUUUGGGAUACUGGUGACAAUUGUGGCUUUGGUGUUACCGGGAUGGUCCGCGGCUUUAAAGUCAAAAGACUUCCAAAUCAGCAUGACGGCCAGCAAGAUGAGUGGGCGGGCGCAACAGGCUAUGAUGCUGCAAUUUCAAAUGUUCUACUAUCCCCAAUUUGCAACUCCUUGGAGCACGAUUCGUUGUCUUUAUACUUAGGAACACUAGAAGACAUUGAAUCUCUGCCAGAUCCGCCUGCCACUGAAGUUGUCAAUAUAGCCAUUCAGCUGUUUGCUAUUGCGUUUCCUCUUACGCCGGCCAAAAUACAAGAGAGUAUUCUUGAACAAGUCACAAGUUUUAUGUCGGCGGGUUCGCUACAAAGGGAUCCGGGACGCAGAGCUGCAAUGAAUGUCAACAUUUCUACGGCUCUCUUUUCUGCCUUGAAGGUGGCUACAAAAGAGACCCAAUCUCCAUCUGGAGAUAUUGGUAAUCUGGCUGUCGAGAAAUUGAUGCAGGAACUCAUCCGGCCGUUCGUUAUCCAUACCGAUCAGUAUGUUCGUAGCAUCGGAUACGAGGCUUUGGCGCGGCUAUGUAACAGUUCCGGCAAUGCAUACACAAAUGCAGAAAUCAAAUACUUGAUCGACACGAUUGUUGCAAAUAGAGAGCCAACCGCCAGAGCAGGCUGCGCUAUGGCACUGGGAUGUAUCCACUCCCAAGUGGGUGGCAUGGCGGCUGGUUUUCAUUUGAAGACCAUUACGGGGGUGCUGAUGUCUUUGUGUCAAGAUCCUCAUCCCACAGUCCAUUACUGGGCCCUGGAAGGAUUGAUUCGUGUUGCAGAUUCCGCGGGCCUCACGUUCUCUGGCUAUGUCUCCAAUACAUUGGCCAUUGUUUCUCAAAUGUAUGUGUCUGACACACACAACGAGUCAGUUGCAUCGGCACCAACAUCAAACCUAGAAUUGGAGCUAUCAACGACUGCCAGUAUCUCAAGAUGUGUUGACUCUAUGAUCAAUGUGUUAGGACCCGAUCUACAGGAUAUGACAAGUACUCGCGAUUUGAUUCUAAACCUAAUGGGCCAGUUCCAAGCCGAAACUUCCACACAAGUAUUAGUGGGCAAUUUGAAAUGUCUCGAACAUCUUGCAUUAUACGCACCAGGUCAUAUGGUCUUCAAUGAUUACGUUGUCUUGUUGCAGAAGGAGCUCAACUCUAUCCAUCCGCAGCUUAGGGAUAUUGCAAUCGAUGGACUAUAUAAUCUGAUGAAGCGUAACUCUGAGGAUGUGGUAAAAGCAGCGCAAGACGGAUUCGAGGAUGAAUUAUGGCUGGCACUUGAUUCUGAGCCAAGUCAUGAUGGCAUCCGAAAUGUCAUCAGAAACUGGAUGCAGCAGUCCUGUCUCUCAGAAACGGCUCGAUGGUUACAGAGAUGCCAGGGAGUGCUGACAAUGACGAGAUCAAAAGCCGAGGAUACCGUUGCAGCAGCUACGAAAGUAAGCGCCGUGCCAGAUCUGCAAGAUGAAGAGGUUGCUGGCUUUGCUGCUGCUGGAGGGGUCUCAGACGAUAAAGGUACCGCAACUGAUUCCGGACGAGAGCCGCUGAGAUGGCAAGUUCGAACAUUCGCAAUGAGUUGCUUGGGCGAGAUGUUUCUGCUCGUUAGCAAAGCCUCGUCUGCAGAUACUACGACACCUGCUGAAAUGGCUCUACAAAGGCGUGUUGCAGACGUCAUUCGUAUGGCUUUUUCUGCUUCAACGUCAAAUGUCGUUGAGCUACGCGUCUGGGGCCUCAAGAUUAUUGAUGCAGUCCUCAAAAUGUUUGGCAAAACACCGGAUCCGGAUUUCUCUGAAGCACCAUUAUUAGAGCAAUAUCAAGCUCAGAUUAGUUCUGCCCUCACACCCGCUUUUGCAGCGGACUCUUCUCCUGAACUGGCGUCUGAAGCUGUCAAUGUCUGCGCAGCUUUCAUAGCUACUGGUAUUGUCACUGACAUUGAUCGCAUGGGACGUAUCCUAAAGACGCUCGUGCAAGCUUUGGAGAACUUUUCAACGGAAUCUGAAGUCGCGUCUAUUGGUGACCUUAAAGGGCUAAGCUCUAACGCCCAAGUGAUGGUGAAGAUGUCAGUCUUCUCAGCUUGGGCCGAGCUUCAGGUUGCCAGCACAGAACAACGAUAUCUAAUUGAUGUUUUGAAGCCUUAUAUUGGCACCCUUACACCACUUUGGCUUGCAUCGCUUAGAGAGUUUGCACGAUUGAGAUUUGAACCAGACAUUUCAAUGAGUUUAGGUCCUCCGUCCUUAUCAGGUAGUUUGGAUAGUAUCUACUCUGCUCUUAACCGCGAGACACUAUUGAGGUUCUAUCAAGAGUCUUGGUUAAAAUUGGUUGAUGCGAUUGCUAGCUUGAUUGAACAAGACAGCGAGUUUGUAUUCAACGCCUUAGAUGGGAAGGAGACUGAUGCGCCAGCCACUAAUGGGCUCUCAAAAGGCAACGACAUCAACUAUCGAGAUGAGCCGGUAGCUUUCUUCUUUGUCCUGUUUGGUAUCGCGUUCGAAGCUUUGGUGGCCAGACCAGGAAGCGAUGCACUCGCUUCUAAAGAGCAAACCUUGGAAAUUCUCCAGGCUUUGAAAAAGAUCCUUCACCCAAGUGUUUCUGGACACGCGAUCUAUCGCGAGGCGAUUUUCUCAGAGACUAUGGAUCUCCUCGAUCGUCUGGUACUUACCGAAGGCUUAGAUGUACAGGGAGUCAUUGUCCAAAUUGCCCGUGGACUUUGUAUAUCUCAUCCUUCCGCCACGAAAGGAUCGGAUCCUGAAAAUGGAGAUUUGUCGGAGGACAUCGAACAAUUAUUUGAACUCACCCGCAUUAUUGUCCUUGUACUUGCAGGCUUAUUGCCAAAUCUCAUUGAAGCUAGGCAACCGGCUCGUCACCAGAUGACAGAUGAAGCCGUAUUGCUUGUUCGGCUUGCAAUGAACGCUUUGGUGGAUGCCUCCGAGGUGUUCCCCUCUAUUAUCAAGACCGACCUUCACGCAUGUAUCAUUCACAUAUUUGCCACUGUGCUAGGCACAGCAAGUUGUCAGGCUGUAGUAGUUCCCCAAUCUCUGCCUAUCCUCAAACGCUUCAUCAGCAGCAUAUCUUCACCAAGACAGAGCAAACGGGACGUUCAAGAAACUGAUCUCACUCAAAUCCAAGGGUGCCUCAAGCGUUUUUUGUCGAUUUACCUUAACGCCCAGAAACGCGAAACGGAGGCAUCACUGCCUUGUGUCAAAAAUACCCUGCUAGCCUCUACCCUACUCCUGACGAGUGGUAAGAACUACAUGUCAGCUAGCGAGCCACUUGUUGCAAGGUUUCUAGAAGAAGUCGUGGACUGUCUUAGUGACCGCAUGACCGCAAAAGUGGCUGCCAAUUGUAUUCGAUCACUCCUUCUCCAGUCACCCAAAACUCCUGCUGAUCAGAGCAUCGCCCGAUUUUUAUUACCUCGUCUCAUUGCGUUCGUAACGACGGAAACAGAAGACCCGGAAAACGCCAGAUCGCUUGUAUCUCAUGCGCUUUCGACUUAUGUCACAACUCUCAAUGGCUCGCAAAAAGGUCUCGCCAUGUCAGUCAUUAUGCCCACAUUACUCUCACGUGCGAAUAAGGAAGGGGAAGGUGUCUACCAGGAAACAAGCAGUAGACUUCUGGAACUCGCUGCGAAUGACCAGACUGCAUUCAGAGCUGUAGUGGGAAGCUUAAAUGAAGGGCAGAAGAGCUUCAUGGAGAGUGUCAUUGUUGCCGGCAGGAAGAGUGGUCCUGUUAGGAAUGUUGAAAAUGCCGAUAGCGAGGGCAGAGAACCGACAAUUGCGCUGCGGAUGAAUUUUGGUGGUUGA